AUGGCCACUGGCAAUGCCUCGGCAGUGUUUGAGUUUCUCCUUAUUGGCAUCUCUAACUAUCCCGAGUGGAGAAGCACAUUUUUCAUAUUGGUGCUGAUAACGUACCUCAGCACAUUACUGGGAAACGGACUUAUCAUCUUGCUUAUCCACUCUGAUGCUCACCUCCACACACCAAUGUACUUCUUCCUCAGUAACCUGUCUUUCUUAGACCUUUGCUAUGGAACAGCCUCCAUGCCGCAGGCCUUAGCACAUUGUUUCUCCAGCCAUCUCUACCUCUCUUACCCACGAUGCUUGAUCCAAAUGAGCGUCUCCUUGACCUUGGCCACAGCAGAGUGUCUCCUCCUGGCUGCCAUGGCCUAUGACCGUGUGGUUGCCAUCAUCAAUCCCCUGCGCUAUUCUGUGGUCAUGAGUGGCUCAGUAUGUGUCUGGCUGGCUGCCACCUCAUGGGGAGCAUCGCUCGUGCUCACUUGCAUGCUUGUCUUAUCCCUGAAGCUUCGCUUCUGUGGGGCUAAUGUCAUCAACCAUUUCGUCUGUGAAAUUCUCUCCCUCAUUAAGCUGGCCUGUUCUGAUACCAGCCUUAAUGAGCUGAUGGUCCUUGUCACCAGUAUCUUUACCCUGCUCCUACCAUUUGCGUUUGUGCUCCUAUCUUAUGUCCGAAUUUCUGCUGCUGUCCUGAGCAUUCGCUCAGCACAGGGAAGGCUCAAGGCCUUUUCCACUUGUGCGUCACACCUGACUGUGGUGACGAUCUUCUACGGCGCAGCCAUUUCCAUGUAUGUGAAACCUCAGUCUAGGUCGUCCCCUGACCAGGACAAGUUUAUCUCGGUGUUUUAUGGGGCUUUGACACCCAUGCUGAACCCCCUGAUAUACAGCCUGAGGAACAAGGAUGUUAAAGGGGCAAUGAGGAGAGUUAUGGCAAAAAUGGCAUACGCUUCCUUCACCACUAAAACUCUAAAAUAA